AUGGCUGAAUCAGAUUCUUUCCUGCACCUUGCCCGUCCUCUAGGCCCUGUCCUGGCGGGGUCUGCACCAACAACUGCUCCCUUGAACGUUGUCAUCCAACCUCAGGCUCUUUUCUCGAUCCUUGACCACUCCCUCCGCCGCAAUGCUGAUCAGGAACGUGUGAUCGGAACGCUCCUCGGAACCCGGUCUGAGGAUGGCACUGAGGUGGAAAUUCGCAGCACAUUCGCUGUUGGACACACGGAGACGACAGACCAGGUCGAGGUGGACAUGGAGUAUCAGAAGCAAAUGCUUGCUUUGCACCUCAAGGCAAACCCAAGGGAGGUUCUCGUGGGUUGGUACGCCACCGCAUCCGAGUUGAACACUUUCUCUGCCUUGAUCCAAAAUUUCUACAGCGGUCAAGGUGAUGGCACAUGGCCGCACCCCGCUGUCCACUUGACUGUUUCUACCGAAGCUGGAAAAGACAUUGAAACCCGUGCCUACAUUUCUGCCCCCGUCGGUGUGACGGCUGAGAGAGCCGCCGACAGCGCCGCCUUUAUACCAGUUCCCCACGAGAUCCGGUACGGCGAGGCGGAGAAGAGUGGUUUGGAGACUGUCGCUGCGGCUAGGGAUGCCGAAGAACGUUCAACCUCGCUCUUUACCGAUAUUGAGGCCCUAGAGCGUGCGGUCGAGGAGGUUCUCGGUAUGAUUGACCGCGUUUCUCGAUAUGUUGAGUCAGUCAUGGACGAGGAGGCUCCUGCUUCUACGGCAUUGGGCCAGUUCCUGCUCAAUGCUCUCGCCUUGGCUCCCAAGGUUGAACCGGCCGAUAUUGAGCGUGACUUUAACAACCACAUUCAGGAUGUGCUGGUGGUUUCUUACCUAGCCAACACCAUUCGCACACAGAUGGAACUUUCUAACCGGCUAGCGACUGCUCAGCUUACCCUGGGUGGUGAGUCGGGUAACGCAGAGCAAGGUGGCCAGCGCAACCAGCGAGGCAAAGGAGGCCGUGGGGGGCAGCAGCGCACUCAAGAACGGAGUGCUGAGGAGGCUCGCGCAUAG